GAAAGAGAGAAGAAAUAAACCGGAAUUUAAUUAAACGUCAGACUUCACUUUGUUUACCCUAACGCAAUGGGAAAAUCUAGUAAAAUGAUAGCAUUGAUUUGUCUUCUGAUGCUUUUCGAAGACAAUAGUCAUGCCGUGAGACCAUCCAGUCACAACAGUCCAACUUUGUUCAUGAUCGGUGGUGUCCUUUCAAACAACGAAAGCAAAAGUUACUUUGCUGACACCGUAGCCCAUUUGAACUUUGAUUCGCAAUACGUGAACAAAGGUAUAACUUAUCAGCACACUGUCAUCGAAAUGGAUUCCAAUCCGAUCAGAACAGCUCUCAGCGUUUGUAAAUCUUUAAUCGCUCAACAAGUUUAUGCAGUAGUUGUGUCCAAUCCUCUAACAGGUGAUUUGUCACCAGCUGCUGUUUCCUAUACGAGUGGUUUUUAUCAUAUACCUGUAAUUGGUAUCUCUUCGCGUGAUUCAGCAUUUUCCGAUAAAAACAUACACGUGUCAUUCUUACGAACCGUCCCGCCAUAUUCUCAUCAGGCUGACGUAUGGGUUGAAAUGUUGAAAUAUUUUAACUACAUGAAGAUCAUAUUCAUCCAUAGUUCGGACACCGAUGGUCGUGCUUUGCUAGGACGUUUUCAAACGACCUCGCAAAAUUUAGAAGACGACGUUGAAAUAAAAGUACACGUAGAAUCCGUAAUAGAAUUCGAGCCGGGUCUUGAUAGUUUUAUGGAACAUUUGAUGGAAAUGAAAAAUGCACAAGCCAGGGUCUGUCUGAUGUAUGCCACAAAGACAGAUGCAAAAAUAAUCUUCAGAGAUGCAGCAUCAUUGAACAUGACCGGAGCUGGAUACGUUUGGAUCGUUACCGAGCAAGCAUUGGAUGCACCUAACGCACCAGAAGGUCUUCUUGGACUGAAAUUAAUUAACGCGAGUGCAGAGAAGGCUCACAUCAAGGACAGCCUAUACGCUUUUGUCUCUGCAUUACGAGAAAUGAACGAAAGUGAAGAAAUCACGAGCGCUCCCAAGGAUUGCGGUGAUUCCGGAACGAUAUGGGAAACUGGGAAGAAACUUUUUGAUUAUAUCCGUCAACAAGUUUUAACAAAUGGAGAAACUGGCAGAGUUGCUUUUGACGACAACGGUGAUCGUAUUUUUGCCGAAUAUGAUAUUAUUAACGUUAAUGAAAAUGGUCGACAAGUUUCAGUUGGACAAUACUUUUAUCCAACUAAUGGAACAAAAAUGAAAUUAAGAGUUAACGAGUCGAGUAUCAUUUGGCCUGGACCUUCCAAAAAUAAACCCGAAGGUUUAAUGAUACCAACGCACUUAAAGGUAUUGACAAUUGAAGAGAAACCUUUCGUUUACGUACGUGAAGCAAGCGAGAGUGAAUCUUGCCUGCCUGAUGAAAUAGCAUGUCCUCACUUCAAUAUUGAUGAAAAUGAGAAUUUAAAGACGUAUUGUUGCAAAGGUUAUUGCGUUGAUUUGUUGAAAGAAUUAUCAAAGACUAUCAAUUUCACUUAUAAUCUUGCUCUAUCCCCGGAUGGUCAAUUUGGCAGUUAUGUCAUCAAAAAUAAUUCAGUUGGAGGGAAAAAAGAAUGGACAGGACUAAUCGGAGAAUUGGUGAACGAACGAGCGGAUAUGAUCGUUGCACCAUUGACGAUUAAUCCUGAACGUGCUGAAUUCAUUGAAUUCAGCAAGCCAUUCAAAUAUCAAGGAAUAACUAUUUUGGAAAAAAAGCCAUCUAGAUCAUCAACAUUGGUAUCUUUCUUACAACCAUUUAGUAACACCCUUUGGAUCUUGGUGAUGGUUUCGGUGCACGUAGUGGCGCUAGUUCUGUACCUCCUCGACCGGUUUUCACCUUUCGGGAGGUUCAAACUAGCUAAUACUGACGGCACCGAGGAAGAUGCCCUCAAUCUCUCGAGUGCCGUUUGGUUUGCAUGGGGAGUAUUAUUAAAUAGUGGAAUUGGUGAAGGUACUCCAAGAAGUUUUUCAGCUCGAGUAUUGGGCAUGGUAUGGGCAGGGUUUGCUAUGAUCAUUGUGGCAUCAUAUACAGCUAAUUUAGCUGCUUUCCUCGUCUUGGAACGUCCUAAAACUAAAUUAACUGGGAUUAAUGAUGCCCGACUCAGGAAUACUAUGGAAAAUUUAACAUGCGCUACAGUUAAGGGAUCAGCAGUGGACAUGUAUUUCAGGCGACAAGUUGAACUCUCUAAUAUGUAUCGAACGAUGGAAGCUAAUAAUUACGAUACAGCUGAAGACGCUAUACGUGAUAUCAAAAUUGGGAAAUUAAUGGCAUUCAUCUGGGAUAGCUCACGUUUGGAAUUUGAGGCAGCUCAAGAUUGCGAGUUAGUAACAGCCGGUGAAUUAUUUGGUCGUUCUGGUUACGGAAUUGGCUUACAGAAAGGUUCACCCUGGGCGGAUGCCGUGACUCUGGCAAUUUUAGACUUUCACGAAAGUGGUUUCAUGGAAAGUCUCGAUAAUCUUUGGAUACUACAAGGGAAUCUACAACAAUGCGAACAAUUUGAAAAAACUCCGAACACUCUCGGAUUGAAAAAUAUGGCAGGAGUGUUCAUAGUGGUUGCGGUCGGUAUCAUCGGUGGUAUCGGUUUGAUUAUUAUCGAGAUGGCGUACAAGAAGCAUCAAAUUAAAAAACAGAAGAAAAUGGAACUGGCAAGGCACGCAGCCGAUAAAUGGCGAGGAACGAUCGAGAAGCGGAAAACACUUCGAGCUUCGAUAGCUGCACAUCGAAGAAUUGAUAGCAACGGCCUGAACGAUCCAACGACCGUCAGCUUGGCAGUCGAUACGGUCGCCAGAUGCACCGUCUUACCGCGUAGUCCAGGAAGAGCAUGGCCUGGAGAUAGUGAUAUACGUCAACGACCAAUGUCACGUUCUGAGGACGUAAGAUUAUCACCUGCCGUUUACACCGCCGAUGUAUCUCAUCUUGUAGUUUAAAUUAUUAUAUACAUACACACACACACACACACACUGUGUACUUACGUGUUCACAAAAAAUAGUUUUUUAAUAUGUACAACUCUUUCAUAUAUAUAUAUAUUAACGCACACUACGAACUGAAGGAAUUGUAUUAAUAGUUAAAAUUAGGUCUCGUUCAUUGAAAUAAA